AUGGCGAUUCAAGUUCUUUUUCUUCUACUGGCUUGUAUCACCAUCACCACCACCACCACUACCAACUUCACCUCCUCCCAUACCUCCACCUCCACCAUUGCCUUUAAUGCUAAAAUAGGACUAGUUGAGACACAAACCAAUCCUGCUAAUGAGAGAAAAUCAUGGAAGUUAGAAGUGGUACAUAGAGAUAGGAUUCACCCUAGUAGCUUUCAACAGUGUAUGAAACGCAAUGCCAAAAGGGUGGCAAAUCUUAUUCACCAAUUAGAUGAAGAUGGAGUUUACUAUCCUAAGGUGAAACGUUUUAAGAAAGAUGUGGGUUCAGACUUAGGGAGUGGAGAGUAUUUCAUUCCAAUAGGGCUUGGUACACCUCCAACGCCUCAAUAUUUAGUUAUAGACACUAGAAGUGACAUUGGUGGGGUACAAUGUCAACCAUGUGUCCUAUGUCCCCAGCUUUCCCAACAUUUAUUUGACCUAACUCAUUCUUCAUCGUUUUUGGAGAUACCCUGCAACUCUUAUGUCUGCAACUUGCUUUAG